AUGGCGACCCCAUCCGAGAGCCAAGACAAGAAGGCAGAGAAGCGCGUGGUCAUCUACGUCCCGGCGGUGACGAUCAGCCACCUGAUCGCCUCGGUGGAUCUCGGCGAGCUGCUCGCAGCGCACAGCCUCGAGGUCUCCAUCGUCGUCUGCGGCCGGACCGACGACACGGCCGCCGGUUCAUUUGCCGACGGCCUCGCGGCUGCGCACCCCCAGCUCUCCUUUCACCUCCUACCGUACGUCACGCGCCCGCGCGACGUGCCCGCCGACGAUUACGUGGUGCAGACCUUCGAGCUCGCCCGCGCCUCCAACUCUGACCUCCGUGAAUUCCUCCGUGCCGCCUCCCCUUCCCCAGCCGCCCUGGUGCUGGACUUCUUCUGCGGCAGCGCCGUGGACGUCGGCGCCGAGCUGGGCAUCCCCACGUACUUCUUCUUUACCUCAUCCAUCUCCGGCCUGGCUGAAUUGCUAUACCAUCCCUUGAUCCACGAGCAAACAUCUAUUAGCCUCCGACACCUCGGGGGUGAACUUUUGCACGUUCCGGGCAUCGCGCCGAUACCCGUAGAUGACCUCCCGGCGGCCUACCAAGACCGCGACAGCCUUGUCAACAGACUCUUCCUCGCCCUAUCCGAACAGAUGUGCAAUUCCCACGGUCUUGUCGUCAACAGCUUCCGCUCGCUGGAACCACGCGCCACCGACGCCAUGGUGGCAGGCCUCUGCACGCCACCCGGGAGACGUACGCCACCGCUGCACUGCAUCGGUCCAGUGAUAAAGUCGCUGGAAGAGGUUGGCGCGAACGGGCACGAGUGCCUGGCGUGGCUUGACGCCCAGCCGGAGGCCAGCGUCGUGUUCCUCUGCUUCGGCAGCAUGGGCCGGUUCAGCGCGGAGCAGACGAGGCAUGUGGCGCGCGGGCUGGAGAUGAGCGGGCAACGGUUCCUGUGGGUCGUGCGGCGCCCGCCUGGUGGCGAGGAAGACGACGGGCAGAAGCCGGACGCCGGCCUCGGCGCACUCCUCCCCGAGGGCUUCCUGGCGCGCACCAAGGGCAAGGGGCUGGUGGUCGAGGCGUGGGCGCCGCAGCGCGAGGUGCUGGCCCACGGCGCCGUCGGCGGGUUCGUCACGCACUGCGGCUGGAACUCGGUGCUGGAGGCGAUCAUGGGCGGCGUGCCGAUGCUGGCGUGGCCGAUGUACGCCGAGCAGCGGAUGAACAAGGUGUUCCUGGUCGAGGAUCUGCGCCUCGCCGUGCCUCUGGAAGGGUACAAGGAGACAGUCAAGGAUGAGGAGGUAGCUGCCAAGGUGAAGUGGCUCAUGGAGUCGGACGGCGGCAGGGAGCUUCGUGAGCGGACGCGGGCGGCGAUGCGGGAGGCGAAGGAGGCGCUGAGCGACGGCGGAGAGUCUAGCACUGCGCUGUUGGAGCUCGUAAGGCUGUGGAAAAUGUGA